AUGUCAUUUUUCCCCCCUGAUAUAACUGAGAAUUUGGAAAAAUUACAUAAGUUACCGGUCCCAACUGUCAAAGGAUCAUUUAAUUACCCAAGUUACCUUAGAUCGUUUAAUCUUGAAUUUUUGGGUGAUGCUUUGGUUGAAUGGGUGAAAACGACCGGUAUCGGAGAUCAAGAAGAGGAUAGCGAGUCAUCAGAAAGUAGCGAAGAUGAGAGCUCAGAUGAUAAUGGAAUUAUUAUCGAGAGCGAUUCAACUGAAGAAAAGGAACAAACUUCAGACAACGAUGAGAGUUCAGAUGAAGAAAGUUCGGAUGAUGGAUCUAUGUUUAAUUAUGAGAUCGAAGAAGAUAGUAUGGAACUGGCAGAAGUAGAAGAGUAUUUGUUAGAGCAGCUAUGUAAACUUUUUAUAUGUCAUUCCAAAAAAAUUAAAGAGCUUAGUAUUGGUGAUCUCGGAAUCGAUGGAUUUUUCGUGGAUGAUAUGCCAAAGUAUAAUGGUGCUUCAUGUUUAUCCCAUCUUGUUGCAUUGGAAUUGGAUGGUACUACGUGUACCGGCACAUUUAUAUCCGGAUUGUCUGAACUUAGUCGUAACCUUUCUUCAAUAAUUAUUGAGGACAUGGACGAUGAAUCAUCAUUCAUUGAUGAGUUAGAAACACUUAUCAAAAACCAACAAAAACUCAAACGAUUCCAAUUAGUCGACAUAACAUUAGACAUGUCGAAGGUUAUAUCGUGUCUUAAAACACAAGUUGAUUCGUUAGUAGAAGUUUCACUUAGAGAUGUAUACAUUCGAGAUCAAGAAUCUAUGAAGUCCUUGACUUAUUGCAGCAAACUUGAAACAUUGGAUCUAUCGUUCCAAGAAAAAAAAUACUACAAAUCAUUUAUUCCUUUGUGGUACACAAAUUUUCCUAAACUUAGAAACUUUGAAAUUUCAAUGUUCUACACUUGGCAAGAUCCGGCAUUUAUCGAAAAUACCAAGGCAUUCUUAGCAAUUAACGGCAAGCAUCUUCAUGGGUUAACAUUUGGUCUCACAACGAAUAUAUAUAAUGAUAUCCUUCAAGAUAUUAGUAGAUAUUGUCCAAAACUCACAAAUCUAGAAAUUAAUCGGAUCUUUGACGGAGUUAUUAACCUCAUAGAAUUGUUAAAAACUCCUUUACCGUUAGAAAAAUUAAUAAUUGAAUACAAUAAAACAAAACUUCAUCGUGCUGAUGGAAUUUUACCACCGUUACAGGAAUUAGUUGCACUCAAGAAAUUAACGCAUUUUGAAAUUGGAUGGAUCUUUUCAGCAUUGAGUUUAUCUACUCUUUUGGAAAACUGGGAUGCGCCAAUUGUUCAAUUUUCAUAUUUUUGUGAUGAGGAUAUCGAAUUACACAACACAGUUUUAAAACGAUACGCGGAAAAACAGAAGGAUAAAAGAAAUAUUAAAAAUCAUGAAGUGACAACUUCUUCAUACCAGCGCAAUGAUGUUCGGGCCC